GGUUUCGGCGUAAGUUUGACCUUGAAAGGAUAAAGAGGAAAGUUCUACCCUAGUUUUGUUUCUUUCUAACAGUGUCGCCACACAUAGCGCAAUAUAUCCCCAAAUUGAUUAGUUAUUUUUACAAUAUUACCAUAUAAUUGGUAAUCCAUGUUUAUAGUAAUAUAACCUUACAAAACAUUCGCAUAACCUCAUUUAUUCGUUUCUGUCAUCAUUAUUUCCUGGCCUUUUCUAGUUUUCUCAUUGCAUAUUUCCAUUUAUCUUUCACGUUCCACCUUUGAUUAUUUUAUUUCCUUUUGCAUUUUUUGAAUACCCUGUCUUUAACCUUUAUACCAAACAGUUUUUUUUAAAACUAAACUGUACACAAUCCUUCUUGCUCAAUGGAUCAACCAUCGAUUUCCCUAUUACCAGAAGAUGUUCCUGGUGCUGUUUUACGCCAUGGUGUAAAUAUUGAGGACCAUUCUAACCUGGAGUUGCAAAGGUGGUUAGAGUGUCGUGCAUUAAAGAAAACAGGAAAUAAAACUGAUUUAGUGCAAAGGGUUGUAAACUGUAUUGAAGCGGGACGCAGUAAUAGUAUUUCCCUAGCUAUUGAUGGAGGCAAAUGGUACGAUAUGAAACGGAACGUUGUUGUAACUGCUUCCACUUCAACUGCUGCAUCAGGUCCUGCAUCUGAUGAGACUCUUCUGUGGGCAAGAUUCCCAUCUCGUGAAAUCCCCCAAUAUUUCAACAAGGGCCACAUCUAUACCUAUCUUGUGGGAUGCUUCUUUGAAAAUGAAGAUUAUGUCAGCAACAAUACAGGUGUAACAGAAAAACCGUUUCGACGUGGCAGCCAGUUUGUAAGCAGCGAUCACUUGCACGAAGUGUUUGACAGCAGUGAUAACCGAUUUUACCUUUUAAAAGCAAAGUGUUUUGCAUCAUUUAAUAAGAAUAAAUUGUACUCUGUAGUGAUAACUUUAAACAAAGCAUCGGGAGCUGUAGUUAAUGGUAGAUGCGAGUGUAAACAAUCUGCGUUAGGUAAAUGUAGCCACGUAAGCGCUCUUUUGCUGUUCCUGGAGAAGUUUUGCGGAGAAAACGGCCACGAUAACACUGCAUGCACCAGCAAGUUAAGGCAGUGGGGUUUGGGUGCUAAACUGAAAAAACCUGGACCUAUUUCCCAAAAGAAGUACGGCAAUGUGAGAUUCGAACCAAUUCGCAGGGCAACGUUCGAUCCAAGACCAGACAACUAUGAAAGAACUGUCAAUAUAAACAAUUUUAUUUGCGAUUUACAAAAAGAACGUCUUCCUACAAUGUUCGAAACUUUAUUCCAACUACGUUAUGAUGACUUCAAAUUGGACCAAAGUAGUGUAGAUAUCGUCAUACAACAAGUUCUAAUUUUCAAGAAGAAUAUGGAUCAGGAACUUAUAAAACAAAAGAACAUCUUUUCUGUAGAAGGUGCCGAAAUUCAGCAUUCGUUGGGUUGGUUUAGAUGGAGAAGCUACUUUAUCACAGCAUCGAAUGCAAAGACCGCUUCAUCCCUAGUGAGUCUUUCCGCAAAAAACAAUUAUUUAAAAAGAAAUCUAUGGCAAUUAACACCAAAUUUAUUGACGGCAGCAAUGAGAUACGGUCAAGUUAAUGAGGCGAAGGCAAGGGACAAGUAUGUAGCCGAUCACAUUCAACCAAAUGAACAAUUUGUGCAAGUAGGGCUGUAUAUGAACAAGAAAUACCCUCACCUAGCGUGUAGUGCUGAUGGAGUUGUGACAACCAACGGAGUGAUCACAAGAGUCAUAGAAAUCAAAUGCCCUAAAGUGCUCGAAGACAAAGAUCCAUGUCAGUGGAACAGUGUGUUAACAGGUCAACAACAGAGCAACUUUUUCGCGUAUGAGGAAAAUAAUAAAGUGUUUUUAAAAGCGAACCAUCCAUAUAAUUAUCAGGUUGCUACAACAAUGUUAAUUUUUGAAGUUCCCGAAUGUGAUUUUGUUGUGUGGUCAAGUGUAGGUCUCCUAGUUUUUAAGGUACAAUUAUCUGAUAUCUCUAGGCAUGUUAUUGACGACAUAACUAAAAAGCUUAAAAAAAUGUAUUAUAAUAUGUACAUUCCAGAAUUAUUUUUAAUGCGAAUUCCGAGGAACUUACCAUUAUUUGAGUUGGACUACUUUCAAGAAUAAUGUAUACUAUACUAUAUUUUGUGCUCUUUGUUAUAAUUACAUACAUAAUGUUAUAAUAAAAUUAUGUUAAAACUGGUUUUUCAAAGUUUACCAAAAAACAAAUUAUACUAAAUAUAUUGGACAUA